CAUAAAAUUUCAAGUAUCUGUUGUCGCUGUGUUAGUGUCUUUUCCGUGCACAUGAGUUACUGCACAGAGAAAGAAUUACUCAGCUCAGCUUUAAAAUUUGUUUGUUGAAUAAAAAAUCCCAUUCGAAAGUAUAUCGUUAUCUCAUUGUAUUGAAAACACAAGCGAAUUUCCAUUCUGUUGGAGACGUGACCAUCCCUACAACCCAAUAGUAAUUGCUGGGCUCACUGGUGGCAGCCCGACUGUCACUCAGUUGAUGCACCGACCAGCAUCCGGUCUAUGUGUCAGAAUCAGAAUGUGAUAUGUAGUAGAAUAAGGAACACGCGUUUUUACCUCUAUUAAUAAAGUUAGUUUUAAUGUUUGGGUCGUGUUAUGUUCAUUAUCGGUCACCUCCGAACACACCCACAACAGUGGCGACGAGGAUUUAAGUUAAAUUGGCGAUCAGAAGCCAAUCUUCAUCACCCACGAGAAAACGAGAAGCAUGGCGGAAUCUAACCUCAAUCCGGAGCAUCAGCAACCGGGAACCGGCUUACCUGACGGUCCACAGCACCCGGGAAUGCAGCAAAACCAUCUGCGUCAUCCAGCUCCAUUUUUCAACGGUCCACCAUCAUCGCAACAAUCAGCAAAUACGAGCUCAUCUUCCACAGAAACCUCCUACCAGCUCUUUCAGCAGCUUAUGCAGCAGCAGCAGCUAUUCAUGCAGCAGCAGCAACAACAGCUAAAGCAGCAGCAGCAAGAUUUCUUCCGGAGUGUGAUAUCAUCGAUCAAUGUUCAGGUCCCUCCAAACCCUGAAAUGAUUCUCGACUCGCUGGCAAACAACAUCAAAGAGUUUCGCUACGAUCCGGACGGAAACAUAACCUUCGCUGCAUGGUAUGGCAGAUACGACGAUUUGUUCGAGCAAGAUGCCGCACGGUUGGACGAUGAAGCGAAAGUCCGCUUGCUCAUGCGGAAACUAGGAUCAGCAGAACACGAACGUUACGUGAGUUACAUCUUGCCGAAAUCGCCAAAAGAUUACAAAUUCAGCGAUACAGUGGAAAAGCUGAAAAUUCUUUUCGGCACUGCUGAGUCUGUCAUCAGUAAACGGUAUCGGUGUCUACAUGUAACCAAACAACCGACCGAUGAUUAUGUUACGUACGCUUGUCGAAUCAACAAGACUUGUGUUGAAUUCGAGCUGAGCAAGCUGUCCGAAGAGCAGUUUAAAUGCUUAAUGUUUGUUUGCGGAUUAAAGUCAGAGGGAGACGGCGAAAUACGAACGCGGCUGCUGGCGAAAAUCGAAGAACGUGAUGACGUCACACUAGAGCAUCUUUCGGAAGAUUGUCAGCGAUUGUUGUGCCUGAAUCGGGACACGGCAAUGAUCGAGUCAUCAGCAUCAACGUCAUCAGUGAAUUUCAUCAAGCGAAAACAGCAGUUUUCAAAACGUCAACAUAAGCCACCAGUGGAGUCAGCCGGACCAGACAAGAGCAAACAAAUACCCUCUACACCCUGCUGGUACUGCGGGGGAAUGCACUUCGUUCGAGACUGCACUCAUCGGAGCCACAAAUGCAAGGACUGCGGCAACAUCGGACAUCGCGAGGGAUAUUGUUCCUCUGCCAAGCGAAAUUUCAAGACCAGCCGAAACAGAAAGCACCCAGGAUCGUUAAAUACAAAAACCGUAAAUCUCCGUAUAAAUACCGUCGAUCAAAAGCGCCGUUUUGUUAAAAUUGUACUGAAUGGUGUGAAGGUGCGACUACAGUUGGACACGGAGUCUGACGUUAGCAUCGUAUCGAAACGCUUGUGGGAGAAAAUAGGUAAACCACCCACUUCACCAGUAAAUGAGCUAGCCUCAACAGCGUCAGGCGACCGAUUGCAGUUUUUGUUUAAGUUCAGCUGUCUAGUUUCUUUCAACGGUGAACAACAUCACUGUCAGUUUUACGUGGUCGAAAACCCGCUUUAUCUUUUCGGAAUCGAUUUGAUGGAAGCAUUCGGCCUCUUUUCAUUACCCAUUAGCAUGUACUGCAACAACGUCAGUGUUCCUGCUAUCACUUUGCAGUCACUCAAAGCGGCAUACCCGAGUGUAUUUAGAAACGAGUUAGGGUUGUGCACGAAAACAAAAGUGAAAUUGGAACGGAAACCAGAUGCAACUCCAGUUUUUCGUCCGAAACGUCCAGUGGCUUAUGCAGUACACAGCACGGUUGACAACGAACUUGACCGACUGGAACGAGCAAAAAUCAUCACACCGGUAGACUUUUCGGACUGGGCAGCACCCAUCGUCGUUGUCAGAAAAACGAACGGGUCCAUUCGCAUUUGCGGAGAUUACUCUACAGGUCUCAACAAUGCACUGCAACCGCAUCAGUACCCGUUACCGCUACCGGAGGAGAUUUUCAACAAGUUGGCUAAUUGUACUGUAUUUAGCCGAAUCGACCUGUCGGAUGCGUUCCUGCAAGUAGAGGUUGACGAAAGUAGUCGUGAUUUAUUAACCAUCAACACCCAUCGUGGACUCUACCGGUACAAUCGUCUGCCACCGGGAGUCAAAACAGCACCGGGAGCUUUCCAGCAACUUAUCGAUACAAUGCUGGCAGGUCUUCCUCAUACGUGUGGUUAUUUGGAUGACGUCGUCGUUGGUGGUGUCACUACUGAGACACACUGGGAAAACCUUCGCGCAGUGUUUCAAAGAAUCAGCGAGUUUGGAUUUACCAUCCGAGUGGAAAAGUGCAUCUUCGCUCAGCCUCAAAUCAAAUAUGUAGGUCAUCUACUUGACCGCAAUGGCCUUCGUCCGGAUCCAGCAAAAGUUCAGGCCAUUAACGAAAUGCCACCGCCCACUGAUGUAUCUGGUGUUCGGUCCUUCCUUGGAGCAAUAAAUUACUACGGAAAAUUUGUUCCUCGUAUGCGCUGUCUGCGGUAUCCUCUUGAUGAGCUGCUCAAAGCGGAUGCGAAAUUCAAGUGGACAGCAGAAUGCCAGGCGGCAUUCAACAAAUUUAAGGAGUUGCUGAAAUCUGACCUACUGUUGACACACUACAACCCUGCACUUGAUAUAGUGGUGUCGGCAGAUGCGUCGUCUAUUGGUGUUGGUGCUACUUUGUCACACAAAUUUCCGGACGGCACUCUCAAAGUUGUAUACCACGCUUCCAGAGCAUUAACAGCGGCAGAGAAAAACUACAGUCAGCCCGAUUGUGAAGGACUUGCGAUAAUUUUUGCGGUGACCAAGUUUCAUAAAAUGCUGUUUGGUCGUCGUUUUCAUCUUCAGACAGAUCACGCGCCGUUGCUGAGAAUAUUCGGUUCAAGAAAAGGGAUUCCUGUUUACACAUCGAACCGAUUACAACGUUGGGCUCUUACGCUGUUGCUUUAUGAGUUCACCAUCGAGCACGUCCCGACAGCGAAAUUCGGCAAUGCUGACAUACUUUCCCGUCUGAUCAGCCAGCACGUCAGGCCUGAGGAAGAUUAUGUGAUUGCUUCGGUCUCUCUGGAAAAUGACUUAAGGUCAGUUACACAAGAUGCAUUAACCAUUCUUCCUUUAAGUUUUAGGAUCGUACAACAGUCUACACAGUCCGAUCCUAUUACCAAGGCAGUUUAUCGUUACCUCCUUGAUGGGUGGCCUAAGACCGUUACCGAUGCAGAACUCAGACGGUUUUAUGCUCGACGUGAAUCCCUUGCCACGGUACAAGGCUGCAUACUAUUCGGCGAUCGACUGGUUAUACCAUCGCCCCAUCGCAAGCGUAGUCUUCAUCAACUUCAUCGUGGCCACCCUGGAAUUCAGCGAAUGAAGACGAUUGCCAGGUCUUAUGUUUAUUGGCCAACUCUCGACAGCGACAUUGUUGAUUUCGUCAAAACCUGCCGUCAAUGUGCGAUGGCUGCGAAAACACCGCCGAAGCCAGCGCCGUUGUCAUGGCCUAAAUCAACAAAACCGUGGCAGCGCGUUCACCUUGAUUAUGCUGGACCGAUCGACGGGGAUUACUACCUGGUUGUCGUAGACUCUUUUUCAAAAUGGCCUGAAAUUGUGCAGACGAGAAGUAUCACUACAGCCGCCACAGUGAAAAUCCUCAGAGAUCUGUUCGCUCGCUUGGGAAUGCCAGAGACACUGGUGAGUGAUAAUGGAUCCCAAUUCACCAGUGCAGAGUUUCAAUCGUACUGUACGAACAACGGCAUCGAGCAUCUUACAACAGCACCGUUCCACCCUCAAUCGAACGGUCAAGCCGAGCGAUUCGUGGAUACGUUUAAACGAUCGAUUAAAAAGAUUAAGGAGGGGAGAGCGACAAUGUGUGAUGCUCUCAGUACAUUUCUUCAGACUUACCGGAGUACACCUUGUUUUUCUUCUCCAGACGGCAAAUCACCAGCAGAAGUUUUGUUCGGUCGUCCGAUUCGUACUAGUUUGGAUCUGCUCCGUCCACCAUCCGAUAGUGUACAUUUGGAACAAUCGAGUGAAACUCAUCCCUUAAAGCGACAAUUCAUCGUUAAGGAUACGGUGUAUGCAAAAGUAUUCGUCAAGAACCAAUGGCACUGGGUUUCUGGAACAGUUUUGGAACGUGUAGGUCGUGCAAUGUACAACGUUCGGCUCGAGAAUGGUAAGCUUAUUCGGUCCCACAUUAAUCAGCUUCGAGAUCGUACUGAUUCUGAGAGUCGCAGAGUACCAGCAUUGACAGAUAGAACGAAACUUCCUCUCAGCAUUCUACUCGAUGCUUGGAACCUUCCGGCUCGUUGCACACCAGAUCCAUUAGCACAUUCAACACCAGUAGCACCCAUUCCAAGCUGCUCUAGUUCGAGACAGUCGUCAGUACCGAAUACCUUGUUGAGAAGGCCCACAUUGUCAUCGGAGUCUUCGUUGUCAGCAUCGUCUUCGUCAUCUUCGACAACGCCAAGUUCAACAUCAGAAUUUCAGUCUGCUAAUGAAGCCGACUCAGCUGUACAGGUUCCUCGCCGCUCUUCGCGUGUACGAAGAGCUCCGCAAUGGUUCGAUCCCUAUCAGCUGUAUUAGAAGGGGAGAUGUUGGAGACGUGACCAUCCCUACAACCCAAUAGUAAUUGCUGGGCUCACUGGUGGCAGCCCGACUGUCACUCAGUUGAUGCACCGACCAGCAUCCGGUCUAUGUGUCAGAAUCAGAAUGUGAUAUGUAGUAGAAUAAGGAACACGCGUUUUUACCUCUAACUGUGCGUCUAUUAAUAAAGUUAGUUUUAAUGUUUGGGUCGUGUUAUGUUCAUUAUCGGUCACCUCCGAACACACCCACAACACAUUCCUCAAUCUUUAGUUUUCACUUACAACGAACUGUUACAUCUGCUAUCAUAUCACAUAAGCAGUGCACAACUAGUCAAUUUUGUCACGA